CAAAUAUCACACAUCCAUUCUUUUUACUUCAUCCAUUCACACCUAUUCAUGAACUCUCUUCCAACAGAACUACUCCUCCGCAUUAUCCAAGUCAUUCUUCCGGAACAGCCCACAUUAGCUGCAUGUAAUCGUAUCAACCGACAGUGGCAUCAACUCACCCGCCGUCUACUCUAUGCAGAACCCAAGUUUCACCGCCUUCAAACAUUGAAUGCUUUUAUUCGAACUGUCAACACUCAAGAGAUAUUGGAUCAAUACCCACACCUGUCCUCAGAUGCGCAGUGCAGCUAUUUUGAUACGCAACAUAAUAAUUAUGUUAACCAUGUUCGGGCAGCAAUAGACACAUUCGGCAAUGGUGAUCACAGCAAUAAUAGUACUGGUGAUAGUGUCAGCAUCUUUUUGGGACGAAAAGUUUAUUCUAAACAAAUUUUAUCGUUAAUGCCGCCAGUACCAUCAAAAUUGGCCGAUAUCACAGAAAAUCAGGAACGGAUACCCCCAGGAGCCCUUGUCGAAACAAUCGAUCUCUCCAUGUUGCCGCAUCGGUGGGAUACAGUUCAUGCGGAAACGAUUCAAUCUCUUGUUACUGGUUGCCCAUUAGUCUCAACCCUCAACCUCAGCGAUUGUAAACGCUUACGUGAUAAUGCAAUCGAUUUAAUCACUCUCCGCCUUGCAGGCCGGCGAUUAAGGUCAUUAGUUUUAUCGGGUUGCAACAAAAUCACUGAUAGAGCUAUUGGAUAUCUCUCCAUAUAUGCGACUGUACUCGAAAAUCUAGAGGUUUCAAAAUGUGAUAGGCUUACAGACCGGUCUCUGCGCAAUCUUGCUAAAGCAGCCAAAUGCACUACUCCCGUUUCAGAUACGAGUGAAGUAUCCACAUAUUAUGGGACUGGAAAGACAAUCAAGAGCCUGGAUCUAUCGUUCUGUCCCCUGAUUACGGAAAACGGGAUCAUGCACUUGCGUUGCCGUGCACCUCAGUUGACCUCAUUAAAUUUGGAAGGUUGUUAUGGGAUCUUGUCGGUUGACGAUCUUGGUCAGAAUGAAUGGGAAGACACCGACGAUCCUGAUCUGGAAUAUGAUCAUUCAGAUUGAGC